ACCAAAUCUCAAUAAAAUUAAGUUGGUGGAGCUGACACUAGUCGCAGGAAAGUAGGUUAUUGGCAGCUAGUGUCGUCGUUAUACGCAGAUUUUGACAACACAAGGCGGCUGCUAGCAUGUCGUUUGAAUGGACAUUUAUUGGUGUUUGAAAAAAAUACAUUCUAGCAAGGCGUUCUUACCCUUCGCAAGUUACUCACUGAGAGCAUUUUCAACGAGUUUAGGAUAAGAUGAGUCCUGUCGGGUUCAAAUUACCAACAUCCCUAGAGGAAAUCUCCCCGUCUCCUCCAGACCAACAAAUCGUCAUCGUGUCUUUCUUUGGAAAAUCGUCUUAUCUUUCCCGAGGCUGCAAAACAAAUGCUCUUGAUGAUGCCCUUGGACGGAGAGUGUUCAACAUGUCAUUCUUAGACUGUCCACGCAUCGAAUCUGAAAUUUAUACUGAGAUAAAGGCAUUCUACGAAACUAAGCAGAAAGUUCUGUAUUUGCACCUGUGUGGAACCUUUGACAUUAAGGGAUUGACAGACAUUUAUGAGAAACUAAAGCCUGAACUUGCUGAAAAGGGUUUCUUAAAAGAAUGGGCUCAACUAAGACACAACUAUGCUCGAUCUCUACUAUAUCUGUUUUGCAUUUCACAUGUGUUAGUAUGCACUCAUCCAUCUGCUGUAUUUGAUGCAAGUUACAUUCGGUUGUUUCGUGCUCUUGAUUCUGUGAGACAAAAGGUUCAAGGAUCGCUUUCAGAUCUUAUUUCCACAAUCCCUGGGGUGCCAAAGGAUUGGGGACAGUAUGGCCGCUUGUGUACUCCCCGUUUACUGUUUUUGUUUGAAAAAUGCCCUGUAUCUAUCAGAAGACAAAACAUGGCUGAGUUAGGGGAUCCUCAAGGAGCAAGUAGAAAAAUUCCUUCAUUGAAAAAGCUAGAGCAUGCUAUGGAAGAUCAGAUCUAUCAUGUCCUUCGCAAAAACAGAAUUAUUUCCAAAAGCAGUAUGAACAGUUUAUUUGCUAUUCCUGCAAAUCAAGAAUUUGUGUUUAUUCCGAUCAAUGUAGACACCUCACGAGAUUGGAGAACUGAAUUAGUUGAUAAUGUCAUUAAUCUCUGCAAUAGUUCUGCUUUUGGGACUGAAAGUGUAGAGGAACACUCCUUCCACUCCCCUUCAUUUAUAAAUGAAUUAAACUCAAAUCGACAUUCCUUCAAAGGGUUCCUGCAGCAGCACAUAGAUCAGGCCUUUCUUAAAGGUUUUGAUGACAAUGUAGGAAGACAUUCUUCCCCAACAUUCUUUCAGGUUCCAAAACUAAGCUUGUGGCUAGAAGUUUCCAGAAAAAUGUUUGAAUUUUUCAUCACCCAAGAAAAGAAAAUAUCGGCUCCAAACCAGAGUGCCAUGCUUCACAACUUACUUGACACCGAUGUUAAAUUUAGUGAAAGCCGCUGUGGGAAAGUUCUACCACUUGCUAUAGCAACUUAUCAAGACAACUUACCUACUCACUAUACAAGAGAAUACCAUGAAGGAAGACUGGCUCAUGCUCUAUCAGUCUUUGCAGUCCAUGCUAGAGGACCUCUGUUUGAAGAAUAUGCAGGACAAGUUGAGGCCGAGUGCAAAGCUCACUGGAAGGCAGGCAGGCAGAUGUGCCAAGUGCUCAGUCUAACUGGCAACCCCUGCACCAAGCCCUUGCACAGAGGUGGAGGUGAUGGAGCUGGUGGUGGUGAAUUGCAAGAAGAAGAUGGGAGGGACCAUUCGCAACUGCCAUUAUUGGAACACAGCAGUGGUGUUGUUUAUGUUUCUGCUUGUAACUGUGGAAGGAAGCAGGGCCCUAGAGAAGAUCCAUUUAGUAUGCGAACUGCAAAUUACGAUUUUUAUUCGUUACUUGGAAAGGAUUGUGGAUGUUCUGAUCUAGAAUCAAUAGGCUUCCCUGUUUUCACCCCCAGCACAAAAGACUUCCGAGCUGCUCAGUUAUUUUCUAACAAAAAAAAUGGAAAGGCUGUCCAUGAACUAAGGGAGUCCGAAGCCACUACACCCCAAGGAAACACUCAAGGACUUAGCUUUGCUUUUGUCUCUGGUCAGUCUGGUGAAAGUGAUUUAAUUACUGAAGAAACAAGUAAUGUCAUACCAGCAAAAACUGAUAGAGAGACUGACAAUGGAAGCAGUGCCAUUGUAAUUCAGGUUUCUGAUGGUGACUCUGAAGCUUCCAAGGAGAAAGGUUUGGUGCGACAGCCUUCUACUACAGAGUACCUCCCUGGAAUGCUUCAUUCUGAAUCCCCCCUCGGACUUCUUCCGCAAUUUCCAUCAUGGUCUUUGGUUUGCUUGGGCCCUUCAAGUCUGUAUUCCCACAAUCUUGGGCUUCAGGAGCAGCAGCAUGCUGGGCUCAUUGCUGGGUCUGCUUAUCUGCUUCCAUGGGAUCUAACUGUCAGGCUUGAGCACCAACAAGAUAGGGCUAACGCAUGGCCUACUAUUGGAGACGCUGCGUUUUCUAGGAAUAACAAACCACUGGCCAGUAGUGUUCUUCAAAGACCUCGUAAACCUAAGCGUGAUACGCCUGAGUUUGUAGUCAAAAUUUUUGUUGGUGUUGAGUAUGAAUGUCCACGAGGGCAUCGCUUCAUGUGCUCAGCUCCAGACAAAGUACUGAAAACAACUGGAUCUGGCCUUGUGAAAGAUAAUGGGAACAAAAUAACUGGAAAUGACAUGCCUCUUUAUUUCCCUUGUCCAUGCAAGAACAGUAAACCUCUGAUUGCCCAGCUGAUGCGUGUUCAUGUGGUUACCCCAAAAGCGCCCGUUCAUGUCACGUUAAAUCCCAAAGUGCAGCCCGCUCCCUCACCUUGUCCGAUAUUUGGACCAGGAUGUGACAAACCCAUAAGACUCUCUCAAAGUGCCUAUUGGAUUUUAAGGCUACCUUUGUGUAUGUUGGUGACCAAGGGCCCUAUGUGUCGCCGAAAGAGCCUGUUCCCAUCAACUACGGACGACUACUGGCGGGGAUGUACGGGAUCAUGGAGCUGUCCCCGAACGAGAAGGCCUGAAGCAGCAUGAAGACCAAGGCGUCUGGACCAACUGACUGUGAUAGACUUUGUUUUGAAUAAAAAAAAAAAAAAAACUACAAACGGCGUCA